CCGCCCCCCUGCAGCUCCGCAAACAGCCGGCGGCGUCAUCGUCGGUCGUGGCUGUCCCUUGGGCCCCAUGCAAGGUGUCCCGGGCUCCUCGCUUGGCGUGCUAUUCGAAAAAGAACACGUACGACAUCCUACCCACCGCCCUGGUGCACCCAUCAGUCGGCGAUCACGGCAACUGGAAAAUGGCCGAAGACAAGGACCACAUCACCCUCGACUUCAACGUGGGACGUGAGACGGAGGUGAGUGAACUGGAGGUUGCAACGACCAGGGACCAGGCGCUCCUGGUCAUCAGGUACAAGGGCGACAGCAGCGACGUCAACAACCCGGCGGCCUCGAUGGACGUCCGCUUGCUGAUGCCUCCAGGCUACGACGGUAACAAGGUGAUGAAGGCGGAGAUCCUCUCUGACGGCUGGCUGAAGAUUAUCAUCGCCAAGCCUAAGCAAGAGCCCACCACGACAAAAGUCACUAAACAAAUUAUAGACAAGUCUGAUUAGCGACGGUUGAAACACCAUCACUACUAGAAAACGGGCCAAAGGUACCCGCUGCUUUUGCAGCCGGUACUAAUGCCACGCAAAAGCAGCUGGUACCUUUGGCCAGCGAUGAUCAAAGAUAAGAGGU